AUGAAGUGCGAGUCCAUACUUAUGGCGGUCUCCAUGUAUUCGGCAAACUUAGAGCACUUGGCGUUUCACGGUUUGCCACGAUUUCAUUUGCCUCAGAGGUUCGCACAAAGAAGCGACUCUUCUCUCGUAUUGUUGUGUCAAAUGUGUCCUAAUCUACGGACACUCAUAAUACGUGAGCUCAUAUCGACGGCUACUCUACUGGUGAUCGGAAGCAACGCUCAAAACUUGAGCCGUUUUGUAGUCCGAAAGAAUGGUAUCAUUAAAAGGUUUGAUUGGAAACAACAGACUGAAUGGUCGGACGAAUACUAUCUUUGGCUCAAAACCAACUCCACAUCAUAUGAGCGCACAUUUAGCGAGAUAUCAAAGAUUUUGGGCAAAAAGUGGGAACCACUCACUGAUGAGGAAUUCAAACGCGUAACACCUGACACACAGUUUUAG